UUUUAUCUUUCCAGAACGUCCUUCACCACAAAUGUUCCCUGCAUGUCCCAAUCCAGACCUGCCUCGUGCAGUCUUUCUCGCACCCUCUACACAGCCACUGCAGCAAGUGAGCCUCGAUCCAAGAAUCUUGAGCGCAUUACUGACAACCUCUUGGACCUCACAAAGAUUGAGAGGCAUGACUACUCCAUCCUCUUCAAACUUAAAAUGGGCCUCAACAGAUAUGGUCCAGCUGUCUCAGGAAUAGGCCCUUCAUCUUCCGAAUCUGGGUCUGCCUCCACAGGCUCCAAGGUGGUGGUGAAGACCGCAUUUGAUAUAAAGCUUGAGAAGUUUGACGGAGCGGCAAAGAUCAAAAUCAUAAAGGAGGUUAGGACUUUCAUUGAUUUGGGACUAAAGGACGCUAAAGACUUGGUGGAAAAGGCUCCAGUUUUGCUAAAGAUGGGUGUCACCAGAGAGGAGGCAGGCCUCAUUGUUGACAGGCUGAAGGAGUUGGGUGCUACUGUGGUAUUGGAAUGA